AUGAUCGUGGUUUCCCAUGGACCUGAAUGGCAGGCAAGUGCUUUUAAAAAGUCCACCUUAGAAAGUCCAGCUCAGAAGAUGGAUCAUCAACACUACUGAAGUCUGUUAAAGAUUUGCAUGCCUGUUGUGUGAGGUCCUAAGAACAGACAUGACUUUCCCAGCUUUGAAGAGAAAAACAGUAAUCUUAAACUCAAUCCAUUCACCUUUCCAAUAAGGAGAAAUUACCUUUUAUUCCCACACUGGGAUGAUGGGCCUUGAGAUCACUGCUCAGGGUUUGUGGGUCCUGGAGCAGAUGCUGACUUGCAGCCCAGUGUUGGAAGAGCUGUUGUGUCUUUGGUAGACUACUGUGAUGUGAAACCUCACCACUAGGUCUGCAUCACAGGAAACAGAAAUCAGCCAGUCCACAAGAGACAGAUGAUCCUCCUGGAGGAAACUAGACAGGAGAGAAGGUGGAACUCCAGGACUGCAUCAGCUCCAUUUAGUUAUGAAAUGAGACAUCAAUCAGAACUGAUCGACUGGUUUGGGUUGGUUGGGUUUUUUUUGAAUAGGAAACCCUUUCUUUCAGUAUGGAGAACUUCGGUGAAAGUUGCUCCCUCUCUACCAGACCAAAACCACAUUUCAUUUUAUAUGGAUCCCAAUCCCAAGGCAAGAGAAAAAAAAGCAAGGGACUAUUUCUACAAGUUAAAAAAAGCUUAUGAAGAAGCUCCUUGAGAUGAUACAUUACCUUUCAAAAUCCAGUCUGCAGAAUCAACAGUGGAAAUGUUGGCUGCUCCUGAUUCCUGGUGUUUAACAAAAAAGGGACACAAUCCUGAACCUGAAAUAAGCCAAGUCAUUGAAAAAUUUCUUGUCAACCAUAGCUAUGCUGGUGCAGUAAGUUUUGAAGACAUUGUCAAUGCUGAUGUAGACUUAAUCCCGCUUAACCAUGUGCAAGCUUCAAAGCUCAAAUAUACUAACGUCUGUCACACUUCAAAUAUCCCUGGAUAUGCUUGCAAGGUUCAUUGGUCAGCAACUCACCCAGCAAAUUCUAAUCUUCCGUCAACAACCCUAUCAAUAAUUGCACGAAUACAUGGAUACAUAGCAAAACAUGGAAACUUAUCUCAGUAUCAUCACCAGAGACCUUUUUUUCAAGUAGUGACUCCAACCAGCCCUCAGAACUCUUUCAACAAGACAGAAUGAGAAACUAUUACAGUUUGGAAAGUGUCAAUCCUUUUUACCUGCAUAACUGAGAGCUUCAGUGUCUGA